UGAAAAAGAAAAUCAAUUAAAAGAAAAACAAAGCCGCUGGUAAAAAGCUUUAUUUAGGAAGCAUGGCGUGCCUGACUAGUACUUCAAAUCUAUUCAGUAAAACCCCCCUUUCAUAUUCUCUCUUCACAGCAAGAUCCGGACUUGUACGUUCAACACCGGCGGCGAUAAGAGCAGAGUCGAUGGCCACCGAGAAAUUGGGAAUCACGGUCCACACCAACCCUCCCGAGUCCAUACUCACCGAACUCGGCGUCCGAAAGUGGCCUAAGUGGGGUUGCCCUCCAAGCAAAUUCCCAUGGACAUACACAUCCAAAGAGACUUGCUAUCUGCUAGAGGGGAAAGUAAAGGUUUAUCCAGAUGGUUCAGAUGGAUUUGUGGAGAUUGGUGCUGGUGACUUAGUUGUGUUCCCGAAAGGAAUGAGUUGCAGUUGGGAUGUUUCAGUUGCUGUGGACAAGCACUACAACUUCGAGUAAUGAGUUUUGGUUAAGUCUUUUUGUCUUAAUUCCAUGUAUGAAUAAGUGUAAGAACUCUCAAACUAUAUAUGAACCAUGUAAAGUUUGGUUAAUGUCAUGAGGGUCUGAAGCUGCCAUUUCUAAUUUUCACUUGGUAAUGGAAGAUAGUCAUGUCUGUUCAAA